CGGAAGUCACGUGAGUAUACGUAACCCCGGCUGAUCGUGACGUCACUCUCCAACAUGGCGGACUGGAACAGAGGUCAUGGCGCUGUUGACGACAUGCUCGAUGAUGAGAACAAGCGAAUGGCUGAGAACCUCGUCGCCAAGGUCUCCAGACUAAAAUCUCUGGCGUAUGACAUCGACAGAGAAGCUGAUGAUCAGAACGAAUACUUGGACAACAUGGACUCAAACUUCCUGAGUGCAACGGGCCUGCUGAGUGGCAGCGUAAAGCGUUUCUCCACCAUGGUCCGAUCCAGCAGAGACAAUCGUCGCAUCCUCUGCUACGUUUCUGUGGGACUGGUCCUGGUCUUUUUCCUGCUCUACUACCUGAUCUCCAGGAUCCAGCGCUGACGUGACGACCAGAUCAGGAGCUGAUGGGGAAGUGACACUUUGGACCUUGACGUCCCAUCUGAUAGUUUAAAUGAUCUCUGUGGUAUUCCUGCACAGGAAAACACUUUUAUUCAACACCAAAGUGAGAAACAAACUGGAAAAAGACAGGAAACAUUAAGUUGAGUUGUUGAUGUGACCAGCGAGGGGUCUCGGAAGCUUUCGCACUCGUGGUCAUAUCGGCAAUGCUGGAGUCUCUCAAGAAACAAAAAGGACACGUCUGGUAUUCAGGGAUUUCUGCUUUACACUGCCCCCGGCCUGUAUUGUUGCGAGCCAGGAAGUCCUAAUCUGGGCAAAGAGAGGGUGGAGACUGAAUGUAGGCGGGAAAGAUAUCCGCCCCGGCUGAGCAGAUUGUGAUAGGCUAAUGAACCAGUCAGUUCACUCAACCCAGAUAUAUACAAAUACAGAGAGGCUGUCUCAGUUCCAGACUACAUAGCCAUUGAAAGCAGUGUUUGCAUUUCAGCUAGUAUGUUCACUACUGUAAAAUUUAGCCAAAUAAUAUAUCACAAACUUAAAAUGUGCUGUGUUGUCAAUUGCAAAUAAAUUGAAAACUCACAGCUCAAAAGUAAUCGUAAUGUGAAUUUUGGUGGUGACACGGCCAAAGAAAGUUCAAGAAACAGACUUAUUUUUCUUUGCAAAGUUUCUUUGAAAGUCUUGUUCGAAGGUUAAAGCCGAUUGAGAUAGUACUCUAUCAGUACAUAAAUUGUAAAGGUCUUUAUGUAUGUUUUGUAGCAGCAAAAGCGUUUAUGUAUAUAUAUAUAUAUAUAUAUAAUUUAUAGUAUGCGCUCUGCUGAUUU